UCUUUGCUGGGAGUGUUUGAAGAAGAUGCUGCUGCAAUUUCCAAUUACAUCAAUCAGUUAUUUCAAGCCAUGCAUAGAAUAUAUGAUGCACAGAAUGAAUUGAGUGCAGCAACACAUCUGACUUCAAAGCUUCUGAAGGAGUACGAGAAACAGCGCUUUCCAUUAGGGGGAGAUGAUGAAGUCAUGACUUCCACUUUACAACAGUUUGCAAAAGUUAUAGAUGAGCUCAGCUCUUGCCAUGCAGUACUUUCAACGCAGCUUGCAGAUGCAAUGAUGUUUCCUAUUACCCAGUUUAAAGAAAGGGAUCUAAAAGAGAUACUAACUCUAAAAGAAGUUUUCCAAAUUGCAAGCAAUGACCACGAUGCUGCCAUUACCAGAUACAGUCGGUUGUCAAAAAGAAGGGAAAAUGAAAAGAUCAAGGCUGAAGUUACAGAAGAUGUGUAUACUUCCAGGAAAAAACAGCAUCAGACUAUGAUGCAUUAUUUCUGUGCAUUAAACACUCUUCAGUACAAAAAGAAAAUCGCUAUGCUAGAGCCCUUACUAGGAUACAUGCAAGCUCAGAUAAGUUUCUUUAAAAUGGGUUCAGAAAAUCUUACCGAGCAAUUGGAAGAAUUUUUGACCAAUAUUGGCACAAGUGUACAGAACGUUCGCAGGGAAAUGGAGUGUGAAGUAGAAAACAUGCAACAAACUAUAGAGGACUUGGAAGUAGCUAGUGAUCCACUGUAUCUGCCUGAUCCCGAUCCUACGAAAUUUCCUGUUCAUAGAAAUCUAACACGGAAAGCUGGCUAUCUCAAUGCAAGGAAUAAGACUGGGCUGGUGUCUUCCAGCUGGGAGAGACAGUUUUACUUCACUCAAGGUGGAAAUUUGAUGAGCCAGGCAAGAGGUGACGUAGCUGGGGGCCUUGUCAUGGACAUAGACAAUUGUUCUGUCAUGGCUGUGGACUGUGAAGACAGGCGGUACUGUUUUCAGAUAACAUCUUUUGAUGGUAAAAAGUCUUCAAUAUUACAGGCAGAGAGUAAAAAAGAUUAUGAAGAGUGGAUAUGCACCAUAAACAACAUAUCUAAACAGAUCUAUCUAAGUGAAAACCCUGAGGAAAUCGCUGCACGUGUGAAUCAGUCAGCCCUGGAGGCUGUUACUCCAUCUCCUUCCUUUCAGCAGAGGCAUGAGAGCAUGCGGCCAGCUGUACAAUCUCGUCCUCCUGCAGCUCGUACUAGCAGCACAGGGUCACUGGGAUCUGAAUCAACGGCUUUAUCGGCGCUUUCCUUGGAUUCCCUUGUUGCCCCUGACACUCCUAUACAAUUUGACAUAAUAUCUCCAGUUAGUGAAGAUCUGCCUGGUCAAGCAAAAUCUUCAGCGCAGUCAGGCAGACGCACAAAUCCUUUUGGUGAAUCUGGAGGCUCAAAAUCUGAAACAGAAGAUUCAAUUCUUCAUCAGUUAUUUAUUGUAAGAUUUCUUGGCUCUAUGGAGGUGAAGUCUGAUGGAAGUCCAGAUGUCGUGUAUGAAACAAUGCGUCAAAUACUAGCAGCUCGUGCCAUCCAUAACAUUUUCAGGAUGACAGAAUCACAUUUAGUAGUCACUUGUGACUGUUUAAAGUUAAUUGAUCCACAGACACAAGUUACAAGACUACGAUUCCCUUUGCCCAAUGUAGUCUUGUAUGCUACGCACCAGGAGAAUAAGCGCCUUUUUGGAUUUGUGCUUAGAACUUCAGGAGGGAGAGUCGAGAACCGCCAAACUUCCGUCUGCUAUAUAUUUGAGUCAAAUAACGAAGGGGAAAAGAUCUGUGACUCUGUUGGACUGGCAAAACAGAUAGCUUUUCAUGCAGAACUGGAUCGAAAAGCAUCAGAGAAGCAGAAAGAAAUAGAUAGAGUCAAGGAGAAGCAACAAAAAGAACUUAAUAAGCAAAAACAAAUUGAAAAGGACUUAGAGGAGCAAAGCCGGUUGAUAGCUGCUUCUAGCAGAUCGAACCAGAGCAGUGGAGAAGGACAGUUUGUUGUCCUUAGCAGUAGCCAGUCGGAAGACAGUGAUUUAGGAGAAGAUGGAAAGAAGAAGAGAGAAUCUGAAGCCUAA